AUAGAGAGAGUACAUUUCAGUUAAAAGUACCAACAUUUUAGAAUAAAGCCUUUUCUACAUAAUAAUACCCGUAUAUUAAGUGUGUCAGCUUACACCGUGUAGACGGUGUAAUGUGAAAAGUUAACCGCGUUUUGUCUCCUCCCAACAUCAAGGUCAGCCAAACGAGUCCGGACAAACAGCAACGCAAGAAUGGGUGCCUCUAGCAGUACCAGACGUUUAAUCGUCGAAGAAGAUGAAAAAGGCGGUGGAUUUCUAAUUCAGGUUUCGGAUUCCGUUGCCAAGCAGAUAUAUGGUAUCAAGGAAAAACCCAAAGUUACCAAGAGCAAUGAGCCACUAAAAAGAAAGGUGAUUGUUGAAGACAAACGUAAAGCCCCUGCAGUAGAAGCACCACCAGAGAAACCUCAAUUACCGGUACCAAGUUUCCCAGUUAUCCCCGCUACUCCUAUUUUACCGCCUUCAUCCACUAUCCCUGUUCCUGGUUCUCCUAAAAUAUCCCAUACUUCUCCUAAAAAGUCCCCUACUUCACCUGUUACUAAACCUGAUUUGCUUUCCAAGGAAAAAGGACAGAAGCCUGUUGACAGUAAAAGCAAGGAAGAGGCUCCAGUGUUGAGUUCUAAAGUGGAAAAACUUGCACCCAAAGAACCGGAAAAGAAAUUGGGUCUUUCAGCAGUGCUGAGUUCUAAGGUAAUCGCACCCAAAGAAUCUGAAAAGAAAGAGAGUGUUCCAACUUCUCCAGUUUUAAGUUCCAAACUAGAUAAAACUGCCUCUAAAGAAGCUGUCAAGAAAGAUAGUAUUGCGGCAGAACCAGCGGAAAAAACCCCACAGAAAGAAACUGAAAAGAAGGCUAAAGUGGAAAAACUCCCACAGAAAGAAGCUGCCAAGGAAGAAAGUAGCCCAGCAAAAACAAAAGCAGCACCAACAGCUCCUUCUAUUUCAGAACCAGCUGAAUCUCCAUCUCAAAAACCUUCUAAGAAAGGUAUUCCUGGUCCUAAAAUCCCUACUUCUUCUAUCUUACAACCUUUGAUCCCUACUCCUGCUGCUCCCAAGACAGAGCCGGCAGCUGCCCUUGCCCCAGCUGCUGAGGCCGAAAGCAAGGAGAAGGAAUUGAUUGCCAUGGAACGAAAUCAUAUUUAUAAACAAAUGAAUGAAAUUUAUGUGGAACGAGAAAAAGCUUUCAGAUCCAUUGAAGAAUUUUACCAAGAAAAAAUGAAAUCUCUCCAACACCAGAGUACAAAGAUGAAUACUGCCACAAGGCAAGAAUUUGCAAAAGCAGUGGAAGAAGUAGAAAAUAAAUUUCUAAAACAUGUUGAGGCUCCUGUCUGCGAAGAUCUCCAGCUGAAGGUAUUGGAAUGCUAUCGCACCAAUCAGUCUCACCCACUUAACUGCUCAGCGGAAGUUCAUGCCUUUGCUACAGCUGUUGACCAAGCAAGACAAAAUGUUAUUCUUGCCAAGAAAGUCUGACCUGUUUCUUGCACCAAUUGAAACAAUAUUCUAAGAAUGCUGGGUAUGGUCAAUGGAAGAUUCCAAGGCUGCAGUUCUUCGAAAAGAUUACUUACCAUCAAAGCAGCUGUUCUGCAGAUAACCACCAAACUUAAGACCUUGAAGGGCCGUCUUCCCACUUCCAUUAGAGUUGUUAUGUUUGUCUGUGGCUUGUUCAAAGCUGUUAGAAGAGACGAGACAUUCUUUUAUAUCUUAGUCUUCACAAUUAAUUGUAUUUGGCUUCGUUAAAAGGGAAUGAUUCCAAGAGAAUAAAUAAAAAAAAGUGCUGUGAUGUGAUCUAUUACACAUUUUCUUAAAGAACAA